UCUCUCUCUCUCUCUCUCUCUCUCUCUCUCUCUCUCUCGCAACUGCUUGCCUCCUUCGCGAUGGAUGAAGAAUACGAUGUGAUAGUGCUUGGGACAGGCCUCAAAGAAUGCAUCCUCAGCGGCCUUCUGUCCGUCGACGGACUCAAAGUACUACAUAUGGAUCGAAAUGACUACUAUGGAGGAGAGUCUAGCUCCCUCAGUCUCACACAGCUUUGGAAGAGGUUUAGAGGCGAUGAAAAGCCUCCAGAGCAGUUGGGUUCGAGCAGGGAUUACAAUGUCGAUAUGAUUCCCAAGUUCAUGAUGGCCAAUGGAAUUUUGGUCCGCGUCCUCAUCCAUACCGAUGUUACUAAAUAUCUGAGCUUCAAGGCCGUCGAUGGUAGUUUUGUUUACAACAAAGGGAAGAUUCACAAAGUGCCGGCUACUGAUGUGGAAGCAUUAAAAUCCCAGUUGAUGGGUCUCUUUGAAAAGAGACGUGCUCGGAAGUUUUUCAUUUACGUGCAAGAUUACGAAGAGAGCGAUCCAAAAUCGCAUGAAGGGCUAGACCUCAACAAAGUCACAACGCGACAAGUUAUUUCGAAAUAUGGGUUAGAUGACAAUACGGUUGAUUUUAUCGGGCACGCAUUGGCACUUCAUAGCAACGAUAACUACUUGGAUGAGCCCGCAUUGGAUACUGUAAAAAGAAUGAAGCUUUAUGCAGAGUCCUUGGCACGAUUUCAAGGAGGAUCUCCAUAUAUUUACCCACUCUACGGAUUAGGAGAACUCCCCCAGGCGUUUGCUCGUCUAAGUGCUGUUUAUGGUGGCACCUACAUGCUCAACAAGCCUGAGUGCAAGGUAGAGUUUGACGAAAAUGGGAAAGCUUUUGGUGUGACCUCUGAGGGAGAAACUGCUAAGUGCAAGAAAGUUGUAUGUGAUCCUUCCUAUCUACCUAACAAGGUUCGGAAGGUUGGAAAAGUCGCUCGCGCUAUAUGUAUAAUGAGUCAUCCCAUCCCACAUACCAGCGAUUCUCAAUCAGUGCAGAUUAUCCUGCCACAGAAACAGCUCGGACGCAAAUCAGAUAUGUACCUGUUUUGCUGCUCUUAUUCUCAUAAUGUAGCCCCAAAAGGAAAAUACAUUGCUUUUGUUUCAACUGACGCGGAGACCAACAAUCCCGAGGUUGAGUUGAAGCCUGGAAUAGAACUGCUUGGGCCUGUAGAGGAGACAUUUUUUGACAUCUACGACAGAUACGAACCUACCAACCAGAACGACGGAGACAAUUGCUUCAUAUCUACUAGUUAUGAUGCAACAACGCACUUCGAGUCAACAGUAGCAGAUGUGAUUGAUAUGUACAGUCGGAUAACUGGAAAGGCUCUUGAUCUAACUGUGGAUCUCAGUGCCGCAAGCGCUGCCGCUGAAGAAUGAAAUUCCUAAUAUAUUUUGCUAUUCAUAAGUUUUUGUGGAAAAAGCUUCAAGGACUCCAAACAUUUCUGUUUGUUGUUAUUUCUUUCAUUAACCAUGAAAAUUUCUACGCUCUGAUGUUUCAGUUUCCCUUUCUUCUGUUUAAAAUCAACACAUUGAAUCUAUUUAUGGCUUGCCAGACUUUUUAGUUGAAGCUCCUUUCUUAUAGUUGUUGUCUCAAGUGCUUGUGGAUGUGUUUAGGCCUUCUUAGUAAGAACUUCCAUGCUAUUUUAUUUUUUUUUUUGCAUAAACAUUCCACUCCAUAACAUGAGAAAGUUCCCUUUGCUGCCCUUCCAUAAACAGAACUCAACUGUUUGUAGUGUUUGGAUGCAGCACCCGAUAGUUGUUGGUGUGACUCCCAUGCCAACGAGGCACAUGUUUGUGGCAGUGAUUUCAGGAAAGUUUGUGUAUGGCAUUGGCUAUCAAGAGUAAACAUGUUCAUUGUUUGUGGAUUAUAUAUAAGAAUUGAGGGAAAAAAUUCAAAAGAUGGAAUAGAUAAAGGACAACAUCUUUCUACAAGAAGAUGGAACAAAGAACAUGGAAAG